GCAUGCAUCUCAGUAUAGGGUUAUUUAAAAAUGGCGGACGCAUCGUCUUCCGAUACUACCUCAGACUGUUGCAAUGAAUGGUUCUCUGAUAUUACUUCUGAAAAGUCGGAAUACGUUAUCGUAGGUCAGAAACCAUGCCUAUCCCAUCGUCGCAGCAAAAGACAUUUCUUACAGAAGCUAUUUUUAAGAGAGAUCAGAGGUUGUUUAUCAGCGCACAAUUAUGCGUCAGAAGAAAGACUGUUUGCUACUGUACCUUCUUGGAGACACUUGCCACUGAUACACGUAAUCCCAAAGUCAGCACUAGAAGCAGGACAUAUUGUAAUGGGAUUGACACAGUGUGGUCAGUUUUUACUUACAUACACAUAUACCAUGGAUGUGAGUGGCACUACCUCUUUGUACAAAUACUUGUUACAUUGGUGGGCCUUUACACCAAACCAUGUUGCACGUAAAGUUGCAGAGGUCACGCUUUUUGGUAAUUAUACUAUCUACAGAGAACUUAGUAUUGUUAUUUCGCAAUGGCCAAUGGAAAGGAAUAAGCUGGUGAUACAUGGUCUUUGUACAAACUGGCUGCAUCUUCAACCAACAGAUAGAGCAUACUUAACAAUAACUACAGUGCCAUCUCUUGAAAAUUGUAAGGACUGUUUAAAGGUAGCAGCAUCCUACGAGGAAGAAGGUGAAGAACUCGCAGCAAACUGGGAUUGUUGUGUAAGGUGUAAUUGCCUUCAACAUGGACUCACUGUCCAUACCACCUACGAAGUAAUUUCUCCAUAUCCUAGGUUCCGUGCUACUGUCUGUUUGAAUUACUGGAAUCAUGUGGUAGUUAAUACAGGCAACUUUUUACAUGUGCUCAGGGUGGACUUGGACAUUCCAAAAUUGAAAAACCAGAAGUCUAGCGAUAAACAAGACACUGUGAUCCCUGAUACUGUGCCGUUAGACAUGAGUGAUGUUGAAGAACUGGACUACACCAAGACGGUGGAACGUUACGAGAGUUCCGACGAGAAAGUAGGCACGCCCGAGUGUGCAGUUGAUCAAUCGCCGCGUUGCGAGUCGAGUAUAGAACAUGAUUUUUUAGAAGAACCAAUUAAAUUAGAUGAUAAGUUAGGCCAUGAUUCGUUAAAUACCUCAAGUAGCAAUCAAAGCGACUGUGCCUGUGAUAUAAAUAAGUCUGCCGAUGUCGUAUGUGUUAAGCCGUGCGACUGUACUGACAGCAACGAGUGUAAAUGCCAAAAUAGUAGUCCGAUCUCGCGAACCGAACAGCAAGCUAUCUCGGUCAGAGAUAAAAUCUUGCAGGACUUCUGCGAGGACAUGUCCCAGGAGCUCAACAUUGGUAGUGAUUUAAUUACGCUAGUGAAACAUCCCUCGUGUUCACCAAGGUCUACGCCUCAAAGACUUCCUUCUGAUCUCAAAACAAUGAUAUGGUCUUCGCCAAUUCUCACGCCGCCUUCGGACAUCUUGAGAACCCGAAAUUCAGAGUCUAGUCAUAAAAAUACACGCGGUCAGCGUUCGAAUUCCCCUCAACCUGGUGCUUCGAAAGACAGCAAUAUCGGCCCCGUUAAUUCUCCUCUUCACUCAGUUUCUAUAAGUCCAUCCUCUUCAUGUUCUUCGCGGCUGAUGUCACCGCCCGUGUCACGAUCUUUUCGUCAUCCAAGUCCACGCAAGAGAUCCAAUUUACAUUCUCCUCCUCCCAUCGUGAAUUCAACGCAGUCGAGGGCAAGGGCUACGCACAAGCUUAUCCUCGAGGCUGAGAAAGCGUACGAGUUCACGGAUGAAGCGCAGGAGACUUGCGAGAAACUUAGCUCAUUCCGGAAAAGGAGGCUCGCUGACAAAAAGUACGAGUUCUGCGACGAAACUGAAGACGCUGAAAAUAUAGUUCCUUUCAAGCAUAUACGGGAUCAAUUUAAACACCGUGGCUGUUCCAUACAUCAGAUAUCAUCUUCUCCCACAAUGUCACCCGCACUGCCAAAUGGUAAGAAGCAUUGGGUCGAUUCCGAUCAAAGUGAAACCGAUGAUUACAGCGUAACCCAGGAUACUGGCGUCUCUAACGAUUCAACCAUCGAUUCAGCUGAGAAAAAUGUCUUACGUCCAUUAAAUCAGAAUCAACUGUCCAACGGGGGCAUAAACAGGGAUCGUUCUAAUAAGCAUUCUGUGAAUUCUUCGCCACUAGUUCCAAAAAUAAAUUUACAGUAUCCUAGUAUAAAAUGUACGGCUCAUUUCAAGAGAAGUUAUAUAGAACUCGACGAUGAAAUGAUAUCUGUUAUUACGGACGUUGAAGACGAGGAAACAGGAGGAUAUGUAAGUUAUCAAUGUGUGCUUCCUAUGCAUGUCCACGGAUCUGGAUAUGUCCAAAUGCAAAUGAUCAGUAAUAGCAAAGCUGAAAAAUUGAUAGUACCAUGUGUCUCAAUAAAUCAAUUAAGUUUUGACAUCGAAACGUUCUCUCAUCAUAUUGCCGACUGGAUUUGUAUGAGAUUUAAAAAGAGAUAUUGGCACUGUAGUGAUUAUGACAUAGAAAUAAUAGAUGUGUGCGCAUUAAGUGGUGACAUUAUCUGUCUAUUAAUCAUGAAGAUACAAGCUAGUGAAAUUAGUAGUCAAACUCAAUGCUCGCAAGAGAGAACGCAAUACGAAGUGGGGUGCAAAUUCACAUGGAAUAUUGAUACAAGUCAAUAUAGGAUAACUGAUAUAUUACCAUUGGAAGAAGUGAAACCCGAAUCGUGGAAGCCGAAUUGCAUGAACGUUCCAAAUUUUCGGAGUCCGUUGUGGAACCCGACCAGACGUUUAGCGCCGAAAUUAAGGGAAAAGAUACAGCAACCGUAUGCGCACACAGUGCGAUUUUUACAUAAUGAAAUGACUUUGGCAGGUGAAUCCAUAACUAGACUUUACGAUUUGGAUAAUCUGGUGGAGUUUUACAUAACGCCGAUGCCAAAUUAUUCUUCAAUCGAGUAAAUCGUUAUCGAAUAGACGAUAUGUUGCAAACAAUAAUUUAUUUAUUGUUACAAAUCUAAGAGUUUCAUCAUUGAUAAGAUAGCGUGUGCAAUGUAACGAAUGUAUUGGAAACAUACUCCAUAGACCUACGAUACUAUUUCAGAAAUAUUAUUAAUUCCAGGCGUAAAUAGCAACAGAUGUAACACGUUAUAUAGAUUCUUACUGUGCUUUUUUCACGAGACUACCUAAAUAAGUUGAUUGUUAAGUGCCGCUAUAAUGAAUUGUCCAAAAUAUAAUAACAUAGAUUAUUAAGAAUACUGAAUAACGAUACAACGAACGUUACAAGCGAUUGCUUGGACUUUGUAAAUUAUAUUCUAGCGCUAUAUUAUACAUUGAUCAUCUAUAUAUUAUCCAUGAACUUUGGUAAUUAUCGGAUAUAAGUAAUUAAGAACUGAUUGUCAAUGAA